ACAAAAUUAUUUUUACAAAUAAAACUGCUAUUACGUGCUCUGUGAUAAAACUUGUGAAGAUUAACUAAAUUGGUCUAAUUUAAUUUUAUUAUUUUAUUGCUGUAAAAUGGCAGACAAUCCCAGCAGCGAUGGCCUAUCUGAGGCUGAAAGAUUGAGAGAAGAUGAACUGGCCCGCGAAUUGGAGCACAGCGAUUCCAAUGAGGACGAUUCACAAGAAAUAUCUUUGGAAGCUGAAGAAAAGUUACUCAAGGAUGAACCCGAAUAUACAACCUUAAUGAAUUAUGGUGAAAGUGUACCAACAAGUAAUUUAGAGAGUGAAAUUAUUGAAACAUAUUCAGAUAGCUCACUGAACGUGGAGACGGUGCACAGGGCAGAUGAGCUAGGCAACGUGUACACUGACAAUAAUUCUGACACCUACAUUAGCUCUCAGGGUGACCCUAUGAAUGACCAGUACGACUCCUACAUUAACGACUACUCAUUUGACAACUCGAUAUCAAUGGAACAAACAGCUCCAUCUGACGUAACUCAGGAUAAUAUUGAUAUUACAGAAGAAACUAAGGACAAUGUAGAAUUAUCAGAGAUGAAUGACUACCAACAAAAUGAAUCUACAAAUUAUGAAUCUCAAACUGCUGAGGAAUUAUUGAGUGAGAAAGAAAGGGAGAAGAAAAGUAAAAAGGAAUUGGAGGAAGAAGAGAGAGAAAAAAUGCAAGUUCUCGUAUCCAACUUCACCGAAGAACAACUAGAUAGGUAUGAAAUGUACAGGCGUGCUGCAUUCCCUAAGGCGGCCGUAAAGCGUCUAAUGCAGACCAUUACCGGGGGAUCUGUCGGUCAGAAUGUUGUCAUUGCAAUGUCGGGUAUUGCCAAGGUGUUUGUAGGAGAAGUUGUGGAAGAAGCACUGGAAGUCCUGGAAAAAUCUGGAGAGCCUGGUCCUCUGCAACCGAAGCACCUAAGAGAAGCUCUGCGCAGACUACGGAUGCGCGGAACAAUACCAACAAGAAAGGCUCAUAGGAGCAUGUUCAGACUAUAGCAAGUAUUGUAUAAAGUGUGGUUUUUUAGCUACUCACAAAAUGUAAAUAUAAACAAAUCAUUUGUUCUUGUUUUAGUAAUAAGUAAUAUAAAGGAAUUGUAUGUGCCUAAUUUUAUAAAUAUAAAGUACAUUGACUUCAGCAAUAACAUUUUAUUCAAUACUUUGUGAACUUUCCAUCUAUGCUUAGAUACACUGUCUUGCCUAAAAACUUGAACUGCUUUAUUACUUCUAACAUUAAUGCAUAUCUUGUGUGGCAAAAGUUCAUGAUUUAUGUGUAAUAUGUAUAAUAAUUAGGUUACGUAUCAUGAAGUAUUAAGUAUAGUAUAGUAGUAGAUAGGUAGUUAUUUUUUUUUGUAAAUUUUAUACAAUUUAAAUGAGAUA